UCCGCGGCAGCCCCCGACGACCCGGGCCGGCGCAGCCAGGGAGGGGAGCGCGCGGCAUCACGGGCCGGAGGCGGGACGGGGGCGGUGCCCGGGCCGGGAGGCGCGGCCGGAGCGUGGGCGCCGGCGCCCUCGGGGUCCCCGCCGAGCAGCUGCGUCCCUGGGCCGGCUCGUCCCUGCACCGCUGGCUGGGCUGCCCCGGGGCCCGGCGCGGGCGCGGCCUCCACCAUGUACACCUUCGUGGUGCGCGAUGAGAACAGCAGCGUCUACGCCGAGGUUUCCCGGCUGCUGCUCGCCACAGGCCACUGGAAGCGACUGCGGCGAGACAACCCCCGCUUUAACCUGAUGCUGGGGGAGAGGAACCGGCUGCCCUUCGGGAGACUAGGUUAUGAGCCUGGGCUGGCACAGCUGGUCAAUUACUACCGGGGGGCCGACAAGCUGUGCCGCAAAGCGUCCUUGGUGAAGCUGAUCAAGACGAGCCCAGAACUGGCCGAGUCCUGCACGUGGUUCCCUGAGUCCUAUGUGAUUUACCCAACCACACUCAAGACUCCCGUGGCCCCAGCGCAGAAUGGAAUCCAGCUGCCAGUCAAUAGCUCCAGGACAGAUGAGAGGGAAUUCUUCCUGGCUUCUUACAACCAAAAGAAAGAGGACGGGGAGGGCAAUGUUUGGAUCGCAAAGUCAUCAGCUGGUGCCAAGGGCGAAGGCAUCCUCAUUUCGUCGGAGGCCACGGAGCUUCUGGACUUCAUAGACGCCCAGGGCCAAGUGCACGUGAUCCAGAAAUACCUCGAGCGCCCUCUGCUGCUGGAGCCGGGCCAUCGCAAGUUCGACAUUCGAAGCUGGGUCUUGGUGGACCAUCAGUACAACAUCUACCUCUAUAGAGAGGGUGUGCUGCGGACGGCGUCGGAACCGUAUCACAUGGACAACUUCCAGGACAAGACGUGCCAUUUGACCAACCACUGCAUUCAGAAGGAAUACUCCAAGAAUUACGGAAAGUAUGAAGAAGGGAAUGAGAUGUUCUUUGAGGAGUUCAACCAGUACCUAACCAGCGCUUUGAACGUUACCCUGGAAAACAGCAUUCUAGUUCAAAUCAAACACAUCAUAAGGAGCUGUCUCCUGAGUGUGGAGCCCGCCAUUAGCACCAAGAACCUCCCUUACCAGAGCUUCCAGCUCUUUGGCUUCGACUUCAUGGUGGAUGCGGAGCUGAAGGUCUGGCUCAUUGAGGUCAACGGCGCCCCUGCUUGUGCUCAGAAGCUGUACUCCGAGCUGUGCCAGGGCAUCGUGGACAUAGCCAUAUCCAGGGUCUUCCCGCCCCCUGACGUGGAGCAGCCACAGCCCCCGCCAGCUGCCUUCAUCAAGCUGUGAGCUACACGGCAGGACCAGAGCUGCCGUGGGCAGAACGCAGGGGCCUUCCCCGGGGAAGGUGAGAUGACUGCUCUCUAUCACGCCAACACGGAGGAGGAAAGCCGGGCAGCUGGAGCGGACAAGACGAAAGAGGAGCCAGCUGGACCAAGAGCACGCUGCUGACAGCUCAGCUGUGCUCUUGACGGUGGAAUAGACGGCUCUGAGUGGAGCACGGCGUUUCUCCCAAGAAGAGAAAAAGAAACCCAGCAGGGUUUGGUGAUUGUACAAGACUCUUUCUCUGCUAAGGCAGCAUCACAAGCAGACCCUCGCCUCCCUGGGAAGGCAGACGGCUGGGACUGUGGCAGGUGUCUCUCCACUCACUGCAGACUUAGUGCCUUAGCUCUGCGCCCUGCCGCAGCCCUACCGAUGCCCGGGGCAGGGAUCAGCUGCUCGAGCAGACCUGGAGGUUGCCUGCCUGUGCUCCCAGCUCACGACGCCCUGCCCUCUCCGCUCCAGCCUAGCAUGUAUCUAUGGCCUUUGCUUCCUGUCCUUGGCUGGCCAGCCUUGGCCACAGCAGCUUCCCCUCGUCACCUUCCGCUGUGGCAGUGGGUUGUCACCUGCCAAGGUUCC